AUGGCGAUGCGGGAGCUUGUCUCGGGAGGCGCCGCUUGCGCCGUCCCUGGUUCGUCUUCCUCCUCCAAUCCCCUCGGCGCCCUGGCCAACGCUCUCGUCGGCUCAUCUUCCAAGACUCAGGAGCGGCUGAACGAAAUCCCGACGUCGACAUCGACCGGUGCGGAGAAUAGGUUCUUCCAGCAACCCGUGGAUCCUCUGACGGCACUCCCUGGGACGGAACUCGAUGGGCCAUUUGCUCCCGCCACUGCUCAGGGGUCUGAGUUUCUUCAAGGUUUUCGGGGUGCUGAACAGAAUGGGCUGCGUCAUGUUUGGGAUGAGGUAAAUGGACAGAUGGUGGAGGCACCUGGACUCUAUCGUCCUCAUCACGCCGGCCUUCCUAUUCCUCAACCAGUUAUGGUUGAUCCAGCUGUUGACUCGCCGCAAGCAAUUUUAUCAAACUGCCUACAUGCAUUUGUUGCCAGUGGCCGGGACGGAAUUCCACUUGCUCACAUUCCAGUUCCUGCGUUAGGACUAUCUGAAAGUGACAGAAGAUGCAUACGUGACCGUAGCAGCAUAAUGGCCCGACACCUUUUUGCUGACAAGAGUGAAGAUUUCAUCAACGCUCAGGUAAAUACACUACUGUCUACACUGGACAUUGACAAUGAAGUGCACGCCAAUGGGCCACCACAUUCAAAAUUUAAUGAGCUUGAGAACUAUUGGAAUGAGUCUCAAGGUGCUGCCAGACCUGGUCCUCAAGAACUUGAGAAUUAUUGGAAUGAGUCUCAAGGUGCUCUCAUUCCUGCUCCCCAUGCUGCUGAUGGAUGGGCUAAAGAAUUUACUUACAACAGGGUAGACUAUGGUGAUCCCAAUCCCUGGGUUAACUCAUUUGAACAGCAACAUGGAGCCAAUGGUUGGGCAUCUGAAUUUGAGCAGGAGCAGCGGUUGGGAACAUUAGAUCUGACAAGAGGCGCAAAUAUCCCAGAUUUGGCUGCAAUGGAGCAGAGUCGUAUGCUGGCACACACACUAGCUUUAAAUAGCAAUCCCAAAUUUCAGAACUCAAAGUUUCUGCAGUUUGUGUCAAAGAUGAGCCGCGGUGAACUCAUUUUUGAUGAUAAUCAAGUCAAGCCUGCAAUGCCCUCUGCAGCUGGGGAUUGGGCUUCGGAGUAUCAAGGGCAGUACAGUGCUGGCCCUUCAUGGGCUGAUGAGUAUGCAAACAACCAGCUUUCUGCUGGCCCGGAUCAGUGGGCAAAUGAGUUUGUUACUGGAAGGGAGCAAAAUGGGCCUGCUGAUGAUGAGUGGGUAAAUGAGUUCUCAAAGUUGCAUGUCAAUGACUGGGUGGAAGAAUUUGGACAACAGUUGAAGGAGGAUGAUACAGCUGAUGGUUGGACAAAUGCAUAUGACGAUUAUUUGAAUGAACAAAUGGCUGCUAAACAGCAGAAUUCCAAGGGAGCAUAUGAGUUCUCCGAGAUGAAUCCUUAUGUUGGUCAUCCCAACCCCUUGAAGGAGGGCCAAGAGCUCUUCCGCAAAGGUCUUUUAAGUGAAGCAGUCCUUGCUUUAGAGGCCGAAGUAAUGAAAAACCCUGAAAAUGCUGAAGGUUGGAGGUUGCUUGGAAUAGCAAAUGCCGAGAAUGAUGAUGAUCAUCAGGCCAUAGCAGCUAUGAUGCGUGCACAUGAAUCUGAUCCCACAAAUCUUGAAGUCCUCCUAGCUCUUGGUGUUAGCCACACUAAUGAGAUGGAGCAGGCAGCUGCACUAAAGUAUUUAUACGGAUGGUUACGCAACCACUCAAAGUAUGGAACUCUUGCGCCAUCGGAGGCUCCCUCUUUGUUUUAUGCAGAUGUAGCUAGGUUGUUUGAGGAAGCUGCUCAGUUGUCUCCUGAAGAUGCUGACGUGCACAUAGUACUCGGAGUGCUUUAUAACUUGUCACGAGAAUAUGAUAAAGCCAUUGACUCCUUCAAACUUGCCCUUAAACUGAAGCCACAAGAUUAUUCCCUGUGGAACAAGCUUGGAGCUACACAGGCAAAUAGCGUUCAAAGUGCUGAUGCUAUAUUAGCUUAUCAGCAGGCCCUUGAUUUGAAGCCCAAUUAUGUGCGUGCUUGGGCAAACUUGGGAAUCAGUUUCGCCAACCAGGGAAAGUAUGAAGAGUCAAUAAGGUACUAUGUCCGUGCACUGGCAAUGAAUCCAAAGGCAGAUAAUGCCUGGCAAUACUUGAGGAUUUCACUGAGCUGUGCAUCUAGGAACGACCUGAUGGACGCUUGCGAUUCAAGGAACCUGGAAGUUCUCCAGAAAGAAUUCCCCCUGUAG